AUGAGCUGCAGCAGCUGUGUUCCUCCAAAGGACACAAUAAGCAGUCGGGAGCAGGAAAUACUGCCAGUAAUCCUUGCCUGCGUGCCAUUCCUGCUGCCUACCACGGGAACAUGAAGGUUGUUUCUCUCCAGGUCCUGUUUGUGCUGAGGGUCCUGUGCCUGGUGGCCCGGGCUGGAGGACAACCUAAAGCACCUCUGAAGUGUUCAAUUGAGUGUGGUGGUUUUUCAUCUGGCAUAGCAGCAAAGCGGAUAAGGAGCUACCGCAGGACUGAGCCCCUCUGCACCAAACAAGCUGUCAUAUUUAUUACUCUGAAGUCUGUGGAGAUUUGUGCAGAUCCAGAGGCAAACUGGGUGAAGAAGAUUGUAGGGAAACUGGACCAGAAAAAGGCUGAAGCCUCCCUGCUUUCACAUGGUGCCACCUCAGCAGCAGCUCCAGAAGAGCCUGGUAUUUUUCAGAAACAUGUUGGCCUUACAGCAACAGCUCAAUCUCAGGCUACUGCCCUCUUUGAAGUCAGUCCAGAAUCAAACAGAGAUUCCUUAAAAUCUCUUGCACCUUCAACAACUUCUUCAAUAGACAUUGUCUCCAGCCAGCCCACCCCAUUCCACAAGGCUCUUGUGCAUGGUUUUGACAAUGCUGUACGAUCUACAGAAGAACCUGUAAGACAUACUGCAAAUGCUAUGUCUGAUGUUCAAGACGUGACUUCUCCUGGCUCAAAUUCAGACCCCAUGGCCAUUUCUAAAGGAUCAGACCACCCUGUACUUCCUACAAAUGAAUACCUGGAUCCUGCAACUGCAAAAACCAAUACACCAGACACUGAUUAUAGGGGUUCAGAUCCCUCCUCCAUCCUGGACAGCAUGGAAACUGCUUCAGUUCCUACUCUAACCUCCACAACUGCCACAGACAAAGGUCCUUCUGUCCAUACCAACAAGGUUUUCAGUUCCUCUGUAGGUGCUUGUGGUACUACAACAUUUGAUUAUUCAUCAUCUGUAGGAAAGCAAGAGCCUUCAGAUAUGUUAAUUUUCACUAGUCAAGCAUUCUUAGGCCAAGCCAGAGUGCAGAUGACUACAGAAAGGCCAAAUGCUCUGCCUUUUCCAAGCUACUUGUCAACACCUCAAAUGCAUUUUGUCAUUCCAGUUUCUGUGGUCUGCAGUCUGAUGCUUUGCAGUGUUGCUGCUGUAUGGCUAUAUCUAAAAUUUGGAGUCAUAACAGAAGGAAUAUCAAGAGAAAUAGUGCAGGGCUUGCUUUACCAGCAGGAGAGACAUCAAAAUAAUAUCUAUCCAAUGGAAGUAAUCUGAAUGCUUUACGGCAUGGAUAUUUUUGGCCCAAACUGUGUUGCUGCAGAAAAGUUUAUAUUGAACUGGUGACCAGCAGGAAGGAAAGCAAGAAAUAAAAAUACCUGAGAAAACUGAUGU